AUGGACCGGACGGACAACGUAGAACGCGCUCCCUCACGCGACUGGCGUGUGGACAUGCUGGUGGAGGACCGGCAUGGUGAGCGCCACCCUGAAGUGAGAUCCACGAAGCCGCAAGGAGUGUCCGAUGUCCACAUGGAGAGGUCCUCGCCCGAGUCUGGGUCGGUCUCGAGCCUCCUCGGCUUCCUGAGCACGUCGCCCGCGGCCGACAACGUGGGCCAGACUGGCCAGACCCGGUCCUCACUGCAGCCCGCCUUCAGCAGCUCCGCGCUGGAGGAAGCUGCUAGCAGAUGGCUGCAACAGACCUUCGUCGCAGAGGGCGAUCAAAGAUCGCACAAGGGCGAGGUGCGCUCCUUCGUGAAGCCGCUCUGCUUCCUGCCGGAGGGCUUGACAAUCGACGUCCAUGGGGCAGUUCUUGGUGUUUCGCGGGCAGUCCAGGUCUUUCGCGGCAUGUUCGUGAUUCUGUACACGGCGGCCCAGGUGGUCCGCACGCUGAGCAAUGUGGACAGGGUCGGCAAUCAUGCGAGCCUCGCCGUAUGCAAUGUCGCGUCCUUCCUGUGCUAUCCUGCCAUGAUGCUGGCGUGUGGAUUCUCAAGCUAUGAGAAGUUCCUGCGCGAUUGGCCAGAUCCUUCAACAUACCAUUCCGGGGAACUGAUGAGUGCCUUCCUGCUGCCCCUCGUCUCAGCCUGGAUCUCCAACUUCGCCUUCUACUUCCUCAGCGCGACGUCGCUGGGCCAGAAGGAUGCCACAGCCCGGGCCGCGGAAGAGGUGCUCCUGUUUGCAAGUGGCGCGCCGGAAGGAGUGGAGAUACUCUUGGCGACCAGUGUGAACUUUGCCAUUGUCUUCGUGUUCUGGCGGCCGGUCGCUGGCCUCCUGCAUACCGUCAAGGCCCGUGUUUGGCAUGAUGUUCUUGCACUUGCGCUUGCGCUUUCGCCGCUUGCUCUGAUGUUCUGCAUGAAGACGCUCUCAUUCAGCGAGGACUGGCCCGGCAUGACAGUGAUGGUGCUGCCCUACCUUCUCCACGUCCACCUGGGCAUUCUUGGGGCGGCCUGCUGGGACAGGCUUCUUUCGCAGCUGCGCCCUCUUGGCUUCCACACCCUCCCGGAUUCCACGCACUUGCUGCCCUGGGACGUUUUCAAGGGCUGGCUUGUCUUCACUGCGGCUGCGUGGUGGGCUGCCUUCGUCCUCUUCGCCCCUCUGGGGCAGGUCGUCCUUGUUCAUGACUUCACCUCAAGGACGCUGGGCACCGUGGGCCCGGGCCAUCCAACCUUGGGAUUCCCGCUUCCUCUGCAGCUGCUGGCCUCGGUGUGGCCGCUGGCUGCCUGCAUGGUUCUUUGCGGCCUCUUGGUGACCCUGAGACACUUCAACGCCGUGGUGUGGUGGAUGGACUCGGAGCUGGCGCACAUCGGCCAGAACCUGCUGUACUACCUCGUGGUCAUCAACAUCUUCCUGGCAUCGCUCCAACGCAGUGACUCGCACAGGGCACUGUGGGUGAGCUUCUUCUCCCGAGGGCAACUGUCGUCUUUGCCAGUGUCUUUUAGUCUUGUGACACCCUCAUACGAAGUGGUAGUCUUGUUCCGCGCCGCCCUCAGAAGCUGCCCGGGUCUAGCUCCUGGCUCCAUCUUAGAUCCAGAUGCUCGCCACCGCGACUUGAGCCCCAACUCGCUUGAACCAUGGGGUCUCAGCGGCCUAUGGCAGGUCUUGGAGGAUGCGCGACAGAACGGCGGCGUCUCUGAAGAGAAUCCCAUCGUCGUCGCGGGUUAUUCCCAUGGCUGCGUGAUCGCCCACCAAAUGGCCUGCCAACUUGAAGAGGAUGGCAUCUCCGCGGGUGUGAUACUCUUCGACCUCGAGGUCACCUGGCCGCCUCCUGCCACCAACUCGCGAGUCGGCGGCUACAGCUUCCUGGGCGGAGAAGCCGAGGCCAUCCUCCUGAUCUCCCGCGCCUUUGGCAAGUUCGAGUUUGCCAUGAAGGAGGCCGUGGGUCUCAACCUCGAGAAAGAGGCUUCGAACAGCAUCGACGUGGAUGCGCUGCGGCAGCGAGCCUUCGAGGCGCUGAAUCAAAAAGGGCUGCCCUUCGAGCUGUUCGCGAACAUCGUGAAGCGCUCGGGCAUGAACAUAGAGAGGCUCCACUACCUGGGGAAUCCAUGGGAGCCGCCCCGGGCGUUUGCCGGGCCAGCGCUGAUGGUCGUGGCACCGGACUCACCGGAGUUCUCAGGUGCGCAGGAGACCAACGCCAAGUACUGCAAGCAAAUGGAGGCCGUGACGGGGAAAGGCAGUCACUACAACAUGUUGCAGGGCGAGCAGGCAGUGGUUCAAGCCGGCAUCGUGCACCAGUUCCGGCAGAGGUUGACGCCAACCUCAGCACCCCCGAGGGCCGGGCGCAGCAACACUGUCGUGCUGAGGCCUGGCAGCCCCGGUGCGACGCGGAUCUACGCCGUUCAUGGCCUUGAUGGCGACGUGAUGAGCGAUGGCUCUUCGUACGCCACGCUGGCGAAGUACCUCGAUCCCUGCAGGGUGUGUGCCCUGGUGUACGAGGAGGAGGCCUAUGCCUGCGACACGGUGCCAGCGCUGGCAGCCUGCUACAACCGCCGGGUCUUGGAAGAUGCGCGACGGAACGGUGGCCUCAAGGAAGAGAAUCCCAUUCUCGUCGCGGGUUACUCGCAUGGCUGCGUGGUUGCACAUCAGAUGGCCUGCCAGCUUGAAGAGGAUGGCGUCUCCGUUGGCGUGAUACUCUUCGACCUCGAGGUCACUUGGCCACCUCCUGCCACCAACUCGCGUGUCGGCGGCUACAGCUUCCUGGGCGGAGAAGCCGAGGCCAUUCUCCUGAUCUCCCGUGCCUUUGGCAAGUUCGAGUUUGCCAUGAAGGAGGCCGUGGAACUCAACCUCGCGAAAGAGGCUUCGCAGAGCAUCGACGUAGAUGCCCUGCGGCAGCGUGCCUUCGAGGCGCUGAAUCAGAAAGGGCUGCCCUUCGAGCUGUUCGCUCACAUCGUGAAGCGCUCGGGCAUGAAUAUAGAGAGGCUCCACUACCUCGGGAAUCCGUGGGAGCCGUUCGCCAGUGCCCGGGAGAUCAACGCCAAGUACUGCAAGCAAAUGGAGGCUGUGACUGGUAAAGGCAGCCACUACAACAUGUUGCAGGCACAAUCAGGCGAGCAGGCAGUGGUUCAAGCCGGCAUCGUGCACCAGUUCCGGCAGAGGUUGACCUCCUUUAAGCCGGACCGGUUGGUUGACGCCAAGCUCAUCACCCGCGAGGGCUGGGCGCAGCAACACUGUCGUGCUGAGGCCACCGACCUGCCUGGCAGUGCCGGCGCGACGCGGAUCUACGCCGUUCAUGGCCUUGAUGGCGACGUGAUGAGCGAUGGCUCUUCGUACGCCACGCUGGCGAAGCACCUCGAUCCCUGCAGGGUGUGCGCCCUGGUGUACGAGGAGGAGGCCUAUGCCUGCGACACGGUGCCGUCGUUGGCAGCCUGCUACAACCGCCGGGUGUUGGAAGAUGCGCGGCGGAACGGUGGCCUCAAGGAAGAGAAUCCCAUUCUGGUCGCGGGCGCCGCGACCCUGUUUGGUCUCAGGAAUGCGCCGGCUCUGGUUGACUUGACUAGUUACUCGCAUGGCUGCGUGGUUGCGCAUCAAAUGGCCUGCCAGCUUGAAGAGGCCGGCAUCUCCGUUGGCGUGAUACUCUUCGACCUCGAGGUCACUUGGCCACCUCCUGCCACCAACUCGCGCGUCGGCGGCUACAGCUUCCUGGGCGGAGAAGCCGAGGCCAUUCUCCUGAUCUCCCGUGCCUUUGGCAAGUUCGAGUUUGCCAUGAAGGCCUUCGACGUUGUCUGGGAGGCCGUGGAACUCAACCUCGCGAUGGAGGCUUCGCAGAGCAUCGACGUAGAUGCGCUGCGGCAGCGUGCCUUCGAGGCGCUGAAUCAGAAAGGGCUGCCCUACGAGCUGUUCGCUCACAUCGUGAAGCGCUCGGGCAUGAACAUAGAGAGGCUCCACUACCUGGGGAAUCCGUGGGAGCCGUCCCAGCCCCAGAAGCUUCAAAGGCAUAGGUAUUCGGGGGGUGUUCCUUGUAGUAUCAUUGAGGUGCCCGGACCCCUAAACCCGAAACCCCAAACCCAACACAUUACCAUCUGGCUGUGGUCCGCUGCAUACGUACCCUCCAUGAAUCACAUGUUCCAAACAUGCAUCUCCAGAAAUCAUGUACAGACACGUAGUCGACGACCCUAA